AAAGGUUUUGCAAAGCUGAUGAUGGAAUUAGUCUUACUUUACUUUACUUUAUUUCUCCCCGAUGAGGGAACUAUCAGAAGCUAGCGAUGGCUAAACGAACGUACACUAUUAAGGAUAAAGAAAUCGAGAUAAAAUUUGAAGUUGAUGCUCGGUACAAGUUGAUUGAGAGCAUUGGGAAUGGUGCGUAUGGCGUUGUGUGUUCAGCAUUGGACACAAAAACUGGAGCAAAAGUGGCCGUAAAGAAGAUUCCACGAACCUUUGAUGUCUUAACUGUUGCAAAAAGAACGUACAGGGAGCUUAAGAUUUUAAGGCACUUUCGCCAUGAUAAUAUCAUUUGCAUCAGGGAUAUCAUGAAACCUCCAGAAAACAAAGACGAAUUUAACGAUGUGUAUGUGGUAUUUGAUUUAAUGGAGGCCGAUUUACACCGAAUCAUUCACUCAGACCAGCCGCUCACAGACGAGCAUGUUCGAUAUUUUCUAUACCAAAUAUUACGUGGAUUAAAAUACAUACACACGGCUAAAGUUUUACAUCGUGACCUAAAGCCAAGUAAUCUGUUAGUCAACGAAAACGCCGAGUUGAGAAUAGGUGACUUCGGGAUGGCAAGGGGGUUGUGUUCAUCGCCUGUAGAACAAAAGCGUGUGAUGACAGAAUAUGUAGCUACAAGAUGGUACAGAGCACCAGAGUUAAUGCUUUCAUUAAAUGAGUAUUCUGAGGCUAUAGACAUGUGGUCUGUUGGUUGCAUUUUCGCUGAAAUGCUUGGUAGAAAGCAUUUGUUCCCAGGGACGAAUUAUUUAAAUCAGCUACAGCUUAUUCUUAGUAUAACUGGCACACCUUCCCAAAGCUUUAUACAGCGUAUGGGAGCUGAAAGAGUAAAGACUUACUUACAUCACUUACCAAGUAAAGAAGCUGUUCCAUUUGACAAAGUCUUUCCUGAUGCUGAUAAAGAAGCUGUUGACUUACUCAGUCAAAUGCUAUUGUUGGACCCAAAGGGUCGCAUAACAGUUGAAGAGGCCUUAAAACAUCCUUAUGUAAAGGGGUAUCAUAAUCUUGACGAUGAGCCAUCUUGCUACUCGGAAUUGGAUUUUGAGUUUGAUAAGGUCUUGAUGACUAAACAGGCUUUAAAGGAUGCAAUUGUUAAAGAAAUUGAAGACUUUCAAAGGAAAAAUUCAUUGGUUUUGUCUCCUGUGGUGGUGUCUGUUAAUACUGCAGCUCAGGGACAAACAACAUCAAUAGCAGAUACUAAAGGUGUAUCAGCUGUAACUUUGGCUGCAAUUCAGCAAAAAGGAGAACAAAACUUGAAGAGAAAACACGAAAAAGGGCAACAUAAAGGAGGUAAAAGACCAAGACAAAAGAAAAACCAGUUAAAGGAGAACAACAGCCAAAGCGAUGAAGGAACAUCAUCUGAUUUAAGCGAAUCUGAUAAGAAACUUCUAGAAAGAUGGGAAAAUAUGAGAAAGACAACAAAACCAUUCAUUCAUCCUAUAAGAAAGUACAUGAAUGAGCUGAAAGCUUUAAAAGAUGAAAUACUUGAAGAUCAAGAAACCUGUGACCCCAAGACGGGACAUAAAGAUAUCUCUAGUCUACCACAAGUAACACAACAAUUCCAGUUUACUCAGUUUGUUCCCCAAGACUGUAAUGGUAAUAUUCCGACUUUAAAAGCUGUCAAAAUACCAUAUCAAGUAACCACUAUGAACGUUUUGCAGGCUGUGGCAGAUUCUAACAUCAAUGAGAAUGGAAAAGAAAAUACCGUUGAUGCGCCAAAUCCAGCCAUCAUAUCAUUGCCUCAAAAUACUGCUUCUAGUGUGCAUUCCCUCACUUCGCUACCUCAACUCCCGAGAAAUAUGCCUCAAGUUUCUUCUUCAAAUCUUACUGGUCAGCUUAUCUCACAAACUGUUCCGAUUACAUGUAGUUCUAAACAAGCAAAUGUGAAUAAAGCCUUGGGACAAACGUUCCCUACGAGAACUACUGCUGCAAGUUCCAAGCCACACCCAGUACUUGUAACCAUAGCAACCAAUGCUCAAACUAGUAGCGUUCCACAAAGCAGUGAAUCUUCAUCAAAGCACCAGCAGUUCGUUACUACUCGGCCCAAUAUUGUAACACAGUCACAGACAUUCACUCCAGUGGUUGGUCAAGUUCCAAGCACGGUUAUUCUCCCUCAGACUUUCAAUAUGGUCACUACGCCAGCCGUACAACCCAGUGGAACUCACACGGUGCCCUUUCAACUUGCGCCUUUGAAUUUGGCGCCAAAUCUCCAAGUCGUCAAUUCUCAAGUUCCGCUGCUUCCAGCUACUUUGCCUAAACCAGGACAUGUAGCGAUUCAGCCUGGUUCUACAAGGGUGGGAUUUCCCCUUCAACCACUCAUUGUAUCAAGCACGUCACAAGCUCCCUUAGCCACUCAAACUAAACAGAAUUUGACAUUACGAAAACCUCAAAGAAUAUCCAAUAUAUUCCCUACUGGUGUACAAGGAAUACCAUUCCAAGCGGUUCCAGUCUCCAACUAUCCAUCUGUUUCUACGGUAACAGCUCCAUCUCCAAGUCCAAGACCCAGAUCAAUGUCUUCCAGUCACGUAGAAGAAGAAUACAAUCAACACAAGAAAUUAUGUCGUACGUCAUCAUUGUCAAAUUUAGCGCCAUUGAAUUCGAGUUCACAGCCUUGCAAACCUACACCGCCUGCUGUUUCUAUAGCGACCAAUACUGUAACCAUAACAACGACGCAUGUUUCUCAAACAAAUAAAACCGCCGCAGCUAUGACAACGCCGAGUGUUGUUUCCUCACAGGACGUCACUCAAUCUAACGUUACAGAAUCUCCAUCUACUUUCAUCUCAAGUUUAUUCCCAGAGAUAUCUUACGAGGCUGUUGUUACACAGUCGUUAUCAAACACUCCUGUUCCUCUAGCCACUUCGCAAGACACCACAACAUCCAUUCCUCUGGAUAACUCAUUUUCUUCGUCUAAAGACCCUGGUUUAGUAACAAAUAGUGACAUUUCCAUUUUAAAUACUGUUAUUAACCAAAUAGUUAAGCCAAAUUCGAAUACAGAUGGCUCUAGAGCGGGUGUGGGGAGUAUCAGUUUUCUAGAUCCUGGAGCUGUGUCUCAAACCAACGUGAAAACUUCAUCUACAGAUGUUACUACAGUACCUUCUUCUGAUGCUAAUUCCCUUGGAAACGAACUCCUGAAUAACACUCAAGGGAUAGCUGUGUCUACCCUAGUAUGUAAUACAGGGGGUUUGGCGCAGGUUUCUUCUGUCCAAUCGAAAUUAAAUUCCAUGGCUUUAUCAGGUUAUAAAGAUCCAAACCUCUGUGCAUGCGCUGUCAGUCCAUUACCAACUAACAGUUUAAAUCAGACAAGUUCUUACGGACAAUCGACUCUACUUAACCAAAUAGCAUCGCCACAAUCCGUGUGUGGAAUUCCCUCGGAAAGCCUUACCUUAGAACAACAGCAGUUUCUACAAUUUCUUUCUACCCAGAGUAACACGAUUGGCGACCAGUCUCCUAAUCUACAAAGACUACUAUCUGCCAUUAGUGAAUUGUCAGACAAAGGAGACGCCAGCCAAGUCGAAACUCUGGAUGAUGCCGACACACAAGGACAGAGCUUUGCAGAAGAGAUUAUCUAUAGCACUGGUUUUACGGACAAGUCAGCGAGGGGGGCAGGAAGUGGGUAUGGUCUUGGUAUUGAUAUCGAGGAGUUGUUUGCUAAUGCUGGUGGGGACUUCAACAUACUUAGUCCAUCACCGCCAAACAACAAUAUGAACCCUCUAAACAGCCCUUGUCUGUCGGCCUCACUGCUCUCUGAUUGGCUGGCUGGACAGGAAAUGCCAGUUGACAUCGAAGAAAUACAGAAAGAACUCGAGUCCAACUCUGCCUUAGCUUUAUUUCAAGACAUGGAUAGUUCUUGAUUAGUUCUGGAUUUCAGGAGGGAGGUAAAGGAUUUAUAGUCAGCCAGUCGUUGUGAUUGGACAAAAAAGCAUGAAAGAAUGAGGAAGCUAUUUAACUGUUACGUCACUGCACCGUUACGUCACUGCACCGUUACGAAGCGCCCACUUUAUCACAUUCUCAUUAGAGAUAUCUCGGAUAGAAUAGUAACUUGAAUGUCAUUUGUAAAUCUUAUAAUGAAACAUUUUGUAUCAUUGUAUCAAACAAAAAAUUGUCGAGGUAUUAGUAAAUUUAUAUUGUAAAAAAUUAGUUUAAACCAACAUGUUUUCUACAAAAAUUUAUGCAAAAUAAUUUAUAUAUAACAUUUCUAGAUUUUGUCUUUAUUUCUUCUUUUUCUUUGAUCGUUGUAAUGGAGGUGGUAAUGGUAGUUUGAAUAGAGUCCUAAAAAAAGAAAAUGGAAAAAUGCUUGAACACUUCAGAUACUGAAAGAGCACAAAAAUCAAAAUCUAAGAACUCAGUUUACAUGGCAAUUCAUGACAUUUAGAGGGAGGCGUAGGAGUAGCACACUCGCCUCUGGAGUCUCGAGUUUGAUUCCCAGACUCAGCAUCACAAAUGAAAAGAAUUUGUUAGGUAUCUCCUUUGAUUCAAGGGUUUUUCUCUAGUUUUUCUGCCCCCACAAAAUGCAACACGCUAUAUCCCAAUUCAAUCUGCGAGUAAGCCGUGCCCUGACUUUCAUCAGCCCUGAGGCUGUUUUGGGGUGUCAAAAACGUUUUGGCAUACUUAGAAAAGUUUUUAUUUCCAUCUCUCAAAUUCAGAAUAAGCUGGCUUAGUAAUUUUUUGAUUGACAGAAGCCAAAACCCAGACAACUCUAAGUAAUUGAGGUUGCAAAAAAAUCAUAAAAGGGUGGAGCCAUGAGUAUUCCCAAAGCAUCGUCACCAAGGCUACAGUUGAUUUACAAUAUACUUACUGGCAUGUAAUGCAUCUUGGGAUGAACUGACAAUAAACUGGAAAUAAAAUUACAAAAUAGA